AUGCCCAUCCACUGGGAUAACAAGGCUGACGCGAAGUUGAUCGCGGCGUUCAGUCAAACUGGAAUCCCUGACUACGAGGCAAUUGCCAAGUACAUGGGCGAGGGCGUCACCGUCUCCGCGGUCAAGCACCGCCUCGCACGAAUCCGGGAGAAGGCCGGUCUUCCAAGUGCCCGUGAGGCUCGCAAGGCUGGUUCCAGCGCUGCCUCCACCCGUCCCAACAGCCCUGUCCUGACUUCGAAGAGUCCUGCUGCUGGUCGCGGUCGUAAGCGUGAUCGAAGCGACCCUGGCCGCGCUAAGCGCAAUGCCUCUGGUGGAAAGGCUGGCAAGGCCAGUCACAAGCGGAGUGGUUCUGAUGGCCCCAUCCAUGCCAAGCGUGGCAUGAAGACUGACUCUGCCGCUAAUCGUAGCGACUCUCGCUUCGACGACGCUGAGGAGGAUGACGAAGACAUGAAGGAGGCGGAGGAAGAUGAGGAAGAUGCCUUCGAAGGCUAA